AUGGAUAUCACAAAACUCGUGGUGUCUGGCCGGUCCCAGGCCUUUGGCGAUAACUCGGUCUACAGGGGCCAGCUUUCUCGAAGGCUUCUCAAGUCGAGGAAAAAGCUCGGCAUCGCCACCAGGAACCGUGGGAAAUACCAAAGGAAGGACGAAAUCACGGCAGAGCAGAUCAAGGAGAAGCCAGAAUAUGUCCGUCUCCUCAUCAUAACGAGCGAACGUGCCUGGGCCCAUGCCAUGAGCAUGAGGAGCGCCCACAUGGCCGACGCCAAGGGCAUCACGGGCCGCACGAGAUCGCACAUCAUCUCGCGAAUCGAAAAGGCGGCGCACACGGCCGAGGAGCUCGUCUCCGCCCUCAGCGACGCGGACGAAUCCGGCGCCAAGUCCACCGACAUCCUCGAAGCCUUUGCCUACGCCGGCAUGAUGCGCGGCGCCGCCAACUUUGAGAGGCAGAGCUGGGAAAAGUGCGUCAAGAACUACGCCGUCUCCUACGCCAUCUACAGCGCCCUCAAAUCCUCGUCCUCCGACGCGGACACGUACAAGGACCUCCUCUCCACCAUCAUCGAGCCCUCGAUCCAGUUCGCCGCCUACCAGCUCAAGACGCCCCGCACCGUCCCCAUCCACGUCAUUGCCCGAAACGCCUUCCCCAUGAACAACGCUUUCCUCGUCAACGAGAUCAACGAACGGGAUUCCACCGUCCUCGGCCAGGGCGAGGAGUCCAAGAAGGAAGCCAGCCCCGGCGACGUGCCCAAGACGCUCACGUGGCGCUCGCGCGAGGUGCGCAUCGAGGACGCCGCCAUUGCUCUCGCCUGGAAGGCCACCCUCGCUGCCAAAGCCGCCUUGUCCGCCAAGGUGGCCUCCUCGGAACCCAUCGUCCCCAAGGAGCUCGCCUCGGCGUACGACGACAUCCUCGCCGCCACCCUCGACGCCGUCGACGCGGCGAAGCAGGCCCUGGAUGAUCUCAGGGCGGAGAACGUCCCUCAGACCGACCCUCGCGUGCAAAGUCUGCAGAUUACGCGCACGGCCGUCAACUACGAGAUGAUUAGCUGGAGAAUAGGCCGGAACCGCGUGCUUACGGGAGCUCACGAUGGCGCCUUGGACGAUUACGCUGAGCUUUCCAAGAGGGAGCUCAAGCGCAGGGCCAAGGCCAAGGAGGACAGCAAGCCCAAGGAGGUCAGGAUGAGCCGAAAACUCAACAAGCUCAAGGAGAGAGUCGCCCUCUACGACGGUGCCCUCCAAAAUCUAGAGGAGGCAAGGGCCUUGCCCGGUGUCCCCGCCGACGAGGAGCUCACACAACGACUAGUAGCUACGGAAAACUACUUUACCGCCCUCAAAGCACUCUCCAUUGCCCGCUCCCACGCCCUCACCGGCAGCAACACCAACGCCCUCGCGCUCCUCCACCACGCCCACACCCUCAUCCAGUCCUCGACCAAGACCAUCGCCUCGGCCCCCAACCCCCGGCCUCCGGCGCCCCGCAAAACCUCCAAGUCUCCUCCGCCGACGUCGCCUUCCUCGAGUCCCUCCUCGCGCGGCAGGUGCAGCGCUACCACGCCCUCUGCUACAUCGACAAGCGCCUGCGCGACGACCCCCAAGCCCCAGUUCAGCCAAGACCUCCCCCUCAUCGAGAGGCUCGGCGAGUGGCCCGUCCAGGGCCCCAUCUUCCUCGAUCUCGCCUGGAAUUACAUCGAGUACCCCAGCCUCGACGGCGCCGCCGACGACAAGAAGGGCCGCCGAUGCCGGCAAGAAGCAACGUCCCGACCAGGCCGAGGGGAUAAGCCCGCUACUUCGCAGAAGAGGGGUUGGUUUGGAUUUGGGAGGUCUUGA